AAUAAUUUCUUUAAUCGAUUCAAAAGUCAAAACCCUGCUAAUGGCGAUCCUCCUAAUCCCAAAAUUUAAAAAUGUUAUCGCCUAACUACUAUCUAUCUCUCUUCUGCAUAAAUUACUCCCUCUCUCUACUUCUUCUCUGCUCAGUGAUGAAGCCAGCCAUGGAGAAGAAGCAGAGUCUUUGCGGCUUUCUUUCACUUCUCAUCAUCCACUUAGCAAUCAAAACUUCAGCUGCUGGGACUCCGACGCUUCAGCAGCUCAAUCGAGGCUUCAGAGCGAGCUUUGAUCAAUCAGCUGGUUCGUUUCAGCCUCUGCUUUCCGAUCCAACCGGCAUUUUCUCCUUCGGCUUUCUGCAAAUUAACUCCUCCAACCUCGACCUCGCCGUCAUCCACCUCCCGUCAAACCAGCCAGUCUGGCGCGCUAUCCCGGGACGGCCGGCUCAACGGUCCGGCUCAGCCUUUCUCUCCUUUAAUGGCAGCCUCCUCUUCUCCGACCAAAACUCAGGGGUUCUAUGGUCUACCCCGGCGACCGCCGGCGACCGCGUCGUCCUCCUCAACUCCUCCAAUCUCCAGAUAAUAAAAGCUGCAGGACCAAUAGAUGUUCUCUGGCAAAGCUUCGAUUUUCCUUCUGACACAAUCGUCCAAGAUCAGAACUUUACAUCUAACGCUUCUCUGUUUUCCACCAAUCAGCGCUACUCGAUGAGAUUAGGCUCCAACUACCUCGCCCUGUUCAUGGAAUUCGGACGAGGAGUUGAAGAACCUAUGUAUUGGAAGCGAACGGCCUUGGAAGCGAAGAACCAGAUCGUCGCAGGCGAGGGACCGAUCUACGCUCAGUUGAGCCCGCUCGGUUUCCUCGGUUUGUACCAAAAGGAAAACGCACCGGUGGAUGAAUUGUCCUUCGAUAGCUUCGCAAGGGGAAUUACCGGAUUCCGGCGGCUCACCCUGGAGGCUGACGGAAACUUUAGAGCAUAUUACUGGAACGGCACGAUCUGGGUUUCGGAUUACAAGGCCAUGCCAGAGCUAUGCGAGCUUCCAAGCGCCUGUGGUGCUUAUGGGCUCUGCAGCGCGGAGGAGAAGCGAUGCGGCUGUAUCGAUAACCGCAGCCAUGGGUGCUUAGCGGCGGAUGCCGGCGAUCUCUGCGGGAGCGGAAAUGAUGAUUUCUGGGUGCUGAGAAGGAAAGGUGUCGACUUGGCGAACAAGGAGGUGCUUGGGUUCGUAAAGGUGGAAUCUUUGAAGGAGUGUGAGAGAUUGUGCAAGCGGAAUUGUAGCUGCUGGGGAGCGGUGUACAAUAAUGCAACCGGCUACUGUUAUGAAAUGGAUUAUCCGAUUCAGACGCUGUUGGAAGUUGGAGAUGAGAACAAAAUUGGGUUUUUUAAGGUGAGAAUCACGGGAAAUCAUGGCGGAAGGGGCGGCGGCGGAGGAGGAGAUAAAGUGAGGAAGGCGGCGGAGGCGCUGGUGGUGGUCGGUGUUUUGGCGGCCGUCACACUCGCCGGAGUAGCGGUUUAUCGGCUGUGGAGAGCGAGGAGGAAGACAGGAGAAAGAGCGGAUGGUUCCAUGGUGGAGGAGCUGGCACCUGGGCCUUACCGGAAUCUUAAUUCCAGCUCCUUUAGAUCGAUCGAGAUGUCCGAAUCGUUUAGGAAAUGACAAAAUCUCUAGAGAGAACCAUACGGGCGAACCGUUUCCGUCUAUCGCGGCUGGGAAGGCGGCGAAAAAGAGAAAAUAUGCAAGCGAGGGGGUGGGGUUCGUUCUCCGAUCAUGGCACGACUAUCAGCUUCGUCACCGGCGAGCAGCUUCGCUGUUUCUGAUCACAUGCACAACUCUGUUCGCCUUACAAGCUUAGCUCAUUUCUUUUUCAGUUUUUUGUUUUUUUUUUUUCUUUUUUUUUAAUGUUUAUUUUCAAGCUUUAGUUUAAUUCUCGAAGAUUUUUGGAUGGUCAGGUUUGGGAGAGAUUAUUAUGCGCGGAGUCUGUAUAUAGAGAACUGUUCCAUUUUGUGAUUGUGAACAAUAAAAACGCAGUAAAAAUGCCGAUGUGAACAGUAAAAGCGCAUUGGUUAAUUGUAACUAUCUUUUUUACUGUUCACAAUCACAAAAUCGAAUGGUUCUCUGUAUUUGGCUCCGCAUGUAAUAAUCUCUUCGAAUUUGGAUUGUUAAGUGUAGAAGCUUUUUGUAUAUAUUAAAAA